AUGGACUCCCCCCGCGGCUGCCUGCCCCUAGAAUGGAUGCGCACGAUCCCCAACGACGGUCUAAUCCAUCUCCACUACUCGUUCAAACGUAGCGAUCUCGUCGCCACGAAUCAUCAAGCUUUGCAGGACAUCAUGAGCACAAACACCUAUAACUUUGAGAAGCCAUGUCGCCUUACACUCGAUAUCAUUGGGCCCGUAGCAAUGAGCUGCGACUUUCAAUCUUUACUCAAUAAAGAGAAUAAAAUCGCUGACAACUUUCUCGAAAUCCUAAACCCGUCUCGCGAGAAGUUGAUCUUCCUGAGUGUUAACGUCAUCCUGCCUCAAUGGAUUGCGCAUCGCAUACACUUGCGACUAAACAGAGUGAUCGAUCAAGAGACCGGGUUUCUGCGCGCUGUAUGCCAUGACAUCGUCCUCGAGAAGCGGGAGGCACUCAAAUCGCACAAAGUUGAUACAAAGGCAUUAGAGGCUGAUAUUUUCGGCACGAUCAUGCUCCGUGGAGAGUUCUCAGAUGAUGAGUUGGUGGAUCAGAUGUUGACGUUUUUGGCUGCGGGGCAUGAAACAACUGCAAGGGCCCUGACAUGGGCCUGUUAUCUCCUCUGUCAGCAUCCCGACAUACAGAGUCGUCUUCGGGAAGAAAUCUACACCACAAUCCCCUCCGCUGAACACGCCAUAACAUGGAACCAACUUGAAUCCAUGUCCUUGCUGAACGGGGUCUGCGAAGAAGUCCUCCGCCUCUACCCCACCGUCCCUGCCACAAUCCGCGAAUAA